AAUUUUAGACAACAGAAAGACGUUUCCGCCUUAUAGAAAAAGCUGCGUUUUGAAACAAAAAUGCAAGAAAACUGUGAUCGUGUUGAACAUCCACCAGAUACGUACAAAACUGCAACAUGGAACCAACAGCUGGUGAAUCUGCCAGCAGUUGUUAGAUGUCGGAUCCUGUCCUUCCUGGAAUGGGAGAACCGGAUCUUAGCAGGACAAGUGAUCCCCAGCUGGCACAACGAGCUCCACGCCUCCUUUUCAUGGGCCUUUGUGGAGUUCAACAACUGGGCAAUCGGGCUGCCAGAUGGUUUCAACAGUGCCUUCAUCGAAGAGGGGAAACAACAGCAAAAGUGUAUUGAAGAGUUUGGGAAAUAUUUCCAGCAUGUUACAAUAGCACUGUCCGUGUUUGAUGUUCAAGAAAAUAGCCAUGGUGUGCAAUUGCUCAAUAAACUGUCCCAGUGUUGUCCAAGUCUCAAAUCACUCAGGAUUUAUCACGAGUUCAUGUUCUGCACUUUCGAAGGGAAGUGGGAAGAUUACUUAUUACCAUUAAAAAAUCUGUGUAAAAAAUCAUUAAGGCAUGUAGAACUGUGUAGCUUGGACGACUGUCCGAGAAACAUUGAAACUAAAAAUUGUAAAUUUUUCGAGGUAAUGCAAGAAGUGUCCAUGUGUGAGAGGGUAAAUGUGCUGGAGUUUACCCUACACAGCUACUGUCACAGACCUGUCAAAGGCUUAAGUCCUUUCAACAGCCUACACACACUAAAAGCAGAGCACAGUAGCAUUAGUACCGCCAUCUUACAGGACCUGUCCCAACAGAAUCUCAAACAUGUGUACCUGGUCCGAGACCAAAACACAGAGGGAUGGACAAGUGGUAAGACGCCCAUACGCUGGUACGACAUCAAACCAAGGAGGGACCUUGAAGUGCAUCUUAUCUUUGAUGAGAUCAGAGUAGGACUAAACGACUUUGCUGCAAACCCAUUUUUAGUGUCUAUCACAUUGAGGAAAGUGCCAAAUGCAUUAUCAAGGGAUGUGUUGAGAAACAUAGCAGCGUUAUACGCCAAUAGUUUACAGACAUUUGCCCACCUGUCAAUGCUGCACCCCACUCUGCCGCCUUACGAUGACAUGGAAUCGUUACCAUGUGAUUACUACUACUUUGCCAGCCAGUGUAGAAACCUGCGGACAUUCGUGGCUGGCAUUCCUUUGCCGUGUGAGGCUGUGUGGUGUCUUGCAAUGAAGGCUGACAAAUUGCAGAACCUGCAUGUACAGAAAGGACAGUUACUAUAUAACUACCGGGUGUGCCUGCCUGUUCCCUCCACAAUAAGGGAAGGGGGAGGCAUUCUGGACAGUGAGCCCUGUCUAUCUAAAGAGGUCUCCCAUUGGAUGGGCUUUAGCUGGGUACCUUUAACGGAGGAGGAGCUGUGUGAAAAGACUGACAGGCUGCUUCACUUCUAAAUGGAAUGUAAACGGGCGACCAUUAGACCUCUUGGCUUGAUUCUAGAACAAUGUCACAGGCAUAGCCUAGUAAUAGAUCAUUGUCAGAGAAUUUUCAGUUUAAAUUAUGUACAUGUAUAUAUAUAAUCAUUAUCAUUUCCUACAGCUAGAUUAAUGUCAAAAUUAAACUGAUUAAUUGCAAGAUUAACCUCGAGCAGUGUUCCUGCAACCAGUGGGGAACACUUUGCACCCGUGGAACUUCAGGUUUUGUGGAGAAAAAAUAAAAUAUUUUUUACAACAAACUGA